GACGCAGGAGGGGAAGAGAGCAACAGAAAAGCUCUCCCCUCCAUCACAAUUCUUGCCUUCCCAUUCCCUACAGGUGUUUGAUGCUUCAGACAUAUUGAACUGGCUUGGAACAGCAGUUCAAACUACCUGCGCUGAAAGAGCACUUUGCAUUGUAUCUGAUUUUUUUUAUGACUAGCAAGUAGCAAGCUCAGCUUCCCUAUGCUCUCCCCCUCCUCCACUCCCACUUAGGUUAAGAGCAUACGUGUGUGUGCGUGUAUGCAGUGCGUGUGUUCCUCUUCUUGGCAUACCCCCACCCCCUUUCUCCCCUGCAAGUUGGAAUUUUCUUCUUCCGCAUCACAUCCAAAUCUCUGCUAAAGCAUUGGUUCCUCAGAGCCAGAGGAAAGCAGCCAGAGAGAGAAAGCAAGAGAGACGGAGAGGGGGAAAAAAAACCACUCUCCUUUUGAUGUGCUUUGUCUCGGUCGGUUCUCAGCUGCUGGACAUCAUGUGUAGACAACAGCACUGCUGAAAAGACCAUCAGAGGGAUCAAAGACCUGCAAUUUCCAACAAGAAACCUACACCCAGGCUGAGCUUGGUUACCACAGUCUUGCCACAACUAAGAUGGAUCCGCUUUUCCACACCCAAGCUGACCUUCUUUACAUGCGGAGGCUGGUUAAUGACUCAUCCCUGUGGAACAUCACCUUGGGCGACUGGUUUCACAAUGGGACAACUGACGGCUUCUUGCCCAUGGGCAUCAAGGUCACCAUCGUGAUUGUCUACUCCAUAGUGUGCAUCGUGGGGCUGGUGGGCAACUGUUCCGUCAUGUAUGUGAUCAUCAGGUUCACCAAAAUGAAGACAGCAACCAACAUCUACAUCUUUAACCUGGCUCUGGCUGAUACCUUGUGCCUAAUGACCUUACCUUUCCAAGGCACCGAUACCUUCCUGGGCUCCUGGCCAUUUGGAAACGCCCUCUGCAAGAUUGCCAUCUCUAUUGACUACUACAACAUGUUCACCAGUACUUUCACCCUGACCAUGAUGAGUGUGGACCGCUAUAUUGCCAUCUGCCACCCCAUCAAGGCCUUGGACAUCCGCACACCCCACAAAGCUAAACUCGUCAACAUUUGUAUUUGGGCCUUGGCCUCGGUCUUUGGGAUCCCUGUGAUGGUGAUGGGAUCGACUGAGAAUGAAAAUGAUGAGAUUGACUGCCUGAUCAGACUCCCUGAACCGGUGGAAUAUUGGGAUCCCAUCUUUGGAAUCUGCAUUUUUCUCUUCUCCUUUAUGAUCCCUGUCAUGGUCAUCACGAUUUGCUACAGUCUCAUGAUCAGGCGCCUGAAGAAUGUCCGUGUUCUUUCCGGAUCCAAGGAGAAGGACCGAAAUCUCCGGCGCAUUGCUCGCUUGGUCCUGGUGGUGGUGGCCGUCUUUGUCAUUUGCUGGACCCCCGUCCACAUCUUUGUCCUCGUCCGGUGCCUGGGAGCCAAGGCAGACAAUGAGGUCAAGUUAGCCAUCUUGUACUUCUGCACUGCCCUGGGUUACACCAACAGCUGCCUGAACCCAGUCCUUUAUGCUUUCUUAGAUGAGAACUUUAAGACCUGCUUCAAAAAGUUCUGCUUCCCAUCUGCCUUUAGGAAAGAGCUCCAGAUGUCCAACCGGAUGUGCAGCAUUGCCAAGGAUGUGGCUUAUGCUUGCAAGAAUUCAGACGGGACUAACAAUCCGGCAUGACUAGGCGUGGAAAUUCCGAUGGUGCCGGUCAGCCAACAGAGCCCAACGACGCCGACGUCGGAGCUAACUCAGAUAACAGCCCUUUAAAGAACAAUUAUUUUUGAUUCAGGGCUAGAAACUCACAGUGAGCUGGGAGAAGGAACAUGUUGGAGCAUUCCUCCCUCCAGGUAAUAAAGAAGUGAGGCAUUUUGAACAUGAGAAUGUAAUACUUCUUUCUCUUUAAGGGCCGCAUUUUCAAUUGACUCUUGGAUUCCACAAGGCCACAGAUCAUGUUGGCUUUGAGCACGCCACAUAAAUACAAAGGAUUAUGGAAUGAAAGAGGUUUAAUGCGCAUCCUGGCUAUUGUGGGUUUCUUUGUUGCUGCCACAGCAGUUGGGAAGUGAAAGACAGAGAGAGAAAGCAUUCUUUGCUUCUGCAACUUGAAUUGCUUCAAUGGCUCAUCAGACAAUUUUAUUCUGAGAAUGCUUUGCAAUGAGACUUUCAAUGGGUUCCGGCUUUGAGUUUUGUGGGAGCUGAAGUCCAGAAUGGCACGAAGAGAGUAACAGACAAUUCCUUAAAUUAUUGACAAUGAAAGGAUGAGCCAAUCAGUUCUGUGCAUUUCAGUUUCUGAAUAAUGGGAGCAUAGAAGGAUGUCUUCAUGCUUGGUUUUAAUCCUUUGAACCUUUGCUGCAUAGGUGCAGCAGAAUGGAAUCGAGACCUAUGGUGAAGAAGCAGACUUGUGGAAAUCUGAUACAUAUUUCCAAUUAUACCAAUUUCUUCAUUUUAACUAAGAAUACUCUAAAGCUAGCUGCCACACACAGAGAUAAUGAUGAGAAAUGUGUACCAUCUUGAUCAAUGCACAUCUGAAAGGGAAUUUUUACCCUUGAUAAUGCAACACAGCAACUAUUGUAGCCACAGGCAAGCAUGGACAAGGGGCAAAAUUCAAGCAUGUGAAAAGUCAGUUCAAGAAAUGACUUAAACAGCAGGUUUAAAAAGUAAUAAUAAUAAUAAAAAGAUGAAAUCCCUGCCCACUUCUGGAUUCCCUUUACAAAAGAGUGGCGGUUGUUGGAUCCAAGCAUUACAGAGCAUCUAAAGAGGGAGGUGUGCACACAUAUAUAUUAUAUACUGUAUAUUUAAGUCCUAUUGCCCUCUCCUGUUGCAUUGUGAAUUCUGGGCAUUUUGUCAGUUAAGGUAAUUCCAGUGUCCAUUGCAUAUCUGCAAGGGUGUUUCAAAUCCAUAACAACAGGAGGUGGGAAGUCUAAAACUGCUGAGUUGACUUGCGGAAGAAUUGGCUGGUUAAAUCAUGCCAAAUUCCAUCCUUGGUGGUGACUUUCCCCUGCGGCCGAACUCCAACAUUUGAUAUGUACAUAGACUGUUCCAGUCUAUAGGGGUUCAAUGUCGCUAAAAUGCCAGCCUCCUUGUAUAAAAGAAUACACUUUGUAACUUCGUUUUAAUGGCACUGCAAUAGAAAUGGAAAGGAAGGCAGUUUGCUUUCGCCCAAAAGGCACAGGAUGAAACCUGCCUUACUGAUCAAUGCAGUUACCAACACUCUAUACAUAUGUAAUUUCUCCCUCCAUAUGGCCCUGUCAGCAGAGCUUUGAAAAUGCAGACAGUGGCUAUGUUUGCUGGGGAAUUGCUGGGGAUGCCUUUUCCCCCAAGCUCUGCCUUAUUAAUAUAUGAAUUAAUGGGGUCUCAGAGAAAUCUCUAGUAGGGUCAGCUAAAUCCCUUUUGGGUUUUUUCUUAGAAUCUUAAAUGGUUCAUGAUGGACUUCUACCAAUAAAGGAGCCUAACUGGUGGGGAGUUCCAUGAGGACAAGCUGUUGGCCAACUGUAUCCCUCACAUAAGAGUGGGUUGGUGUUGCCAUUCCCAAGAAAGCACCUAUGUUGCGUGUUAUAAAAAGGGCUCAUACCAUGACUAUACCCAACAUAUCCUUGACUGAUAAAGGCACAGAGGUACUACCAUUACUUCACAUUGUUCAGAGGUUGACCACUUACAUUCCAACCUCAGCAACUGCCACUCUAUCUGCUUAACCGCUCUCCACCAAAAUACACUUUUCUGCUUUGAAUGACCUGCUCCAAUCCUGCUGAAACCCAGCCUUGUUUCUCCUAAGCAGACCUAGCAAUUCUUUUGCAUGGUAAAACCAUGUGCCUCUAAAACUCUUCAGGAGAAUCAGAGCCAGAGGAAGUUCAAAAGGGAAAGCAGCGGCCGGAGAAAGGACGAAGCAGACCCCUUUCGCUUCUCUGCUUCUCUGUUCAAACCCAGUGUUUGCCAUUGCUACUUUUCAUUCAAAAAGGAGGCCAUUGGAGCCUUGUUAAAUGUAUUGGUGUGUAAUAUACAGCUCAGACUUUAGUGUGCCUGAAAAAAAAUUGAAUAUUUCCUUUCUGUGCCUGCAAGAACAAAAGAAAAAAAGGAUUUUAAAAACAGAAAAAAAUGAGAAACUGGACUCAACUAUUAGAACAAUGAUCCUGCAGAACUGGAUCCAAACAGAAAGAAGGAACCGUGCCUCCGCCUUCUUACUGCUGAUUGUACAGAAUUCCUGAUGGAAGUAUUUCUUGUAAGCGGUUUCAUGAGAUUGUGUAUUUUUUCAUGUGUUGAUCUGCUGGAUGUUGGAAUGCUUCCUAUCCACUGUAUGACUAUAAGCUGCCGUGUUUCUAUGUUUUGUAGGUUUUGUCUCCUAUAGUGGGGCUUUGGAAAUUAUGGACUGCACCACAAGUUUAAAUACUUGCUGUUCACAUGAAGCAUACAGCAAGGGCUUUUGAGUCAAAGCUGCAUUUUCUUAGCCCUUGUUUUGAGAAUAACUUGGGGGGGGGGUGUCGUGGGGGAGGGCAGAGAGAGAAUUUUGUUAGAUGGGUGGAAAGCUGCUGAUGAAGAUGUAACAAGUAUGUUAUAAUGAUGAGUUAUUUCCAAUCCAUUUCAUGACCCCAUAGUAGGAUACACCCUUCGCCCCCAGCCUGGCACCAUUAAUGUCAAUGAGAUAGACACAUUCAAAUGAAGAUAGUUGAACAUAGGCCCAUUAUUAACUCAACAGGAUGGGGACAAGUCAAGGCAUCAAUCCCAUAGUAUUCCACCCCACACUAAUCUGAAUCACUUUGCUCAACUAAUGGAUCACUACUGAAUCAAUUCAUGAAUAGUGAGUUGACACAUAGGGGAAAUUCAUUGGUUUAAAUCUCAUUGGCUUUACUAGGAGCUAAAGGCAUUCUCUGUCAUCAUCAUUAUCAUUAUCAUGGUCUCCCAUAUCCAUUGAACAUACUGUAGAAAUAGAAAUAUUGAUCUCUGUUGAAAUAAAUUACUUCUUCUUGAAGUUAUAAUAAAGUCUCACUGGAGGGCCUAGAAAAUUAAGUACAGAAUCAUAGAAUCAAAGAGUUGGAAGAGACCUCAUGGGCCAUCCAGUCCAACCCCCUGACAAGAAGCAGGAAUAUUGCAUUCAAAGCACCCCCGACAGAUGGCCAUCCAGCCUCUGUUUAAAAGCUUCCAAAGAAGG